AUGUCAAGAACAAUACAUAAAGAGCAGAGAUUGCCCGGAGGACAUGGUACUAUUGCAAAUGUUGCGUUGACGCAGAAGCUACCACCAGAAGUUGCAGCUGCUAAAGAUCAACAAUACAUGAAAGAGUAUUCUGGGCAGAUUAUGAAAUUCUGGGCAGGUCUUCAGAAAGAAGUUGACAAGGAGAUGCUGAUAAAAGGCGUCGACACCAUGAUCAAGAUUGCUCUACAGCUACUAUCCAAGAAGCAUCAAGCGGUGGCUCGAUCCAACCUAUUGCCAGACCCCGCCGAUGAAGAUGAUGCAGAACAGGAGCCGGAUUGCUGA